AUGGACCGGGAGGCGGAACCGGACCGGGAAGAGGACGGGGACCGGGGACCGGAGACGAAUCUGGGUCUGGACCCGGACCGGGACCUGGACUCGGACCCAGGCCUGGACUUGGAUUCGGAUCUGGAACCGGAACCGGACCCGGACCGGGACCAGGACUCGGACCCAGGCCUAGACUUGGACUCGGAGCCGGAGCCGGACCCAGACUCAGACGCGGCCCUGGACGUGGAGGCGCUGCCGCGUGGCGGUUUCCGCUGCCGCCUCUGCCGCGUGGUAGCGGCGAACCGGCCCAGCCUGGUCGAACACCUGCGCGGGCGGAAGCACCAGCGGCUGCGAGGGCUCCGCGCCGAGCGCAACGCCCAGGCGCAGCGCAGCCUCUUCGUCAGCGGCUUCCCACGGGGCACUGCAGCAACGGUGCUUGCCCGCUACUUCGAGGCUUUCGGGGAUGUGGCAGCUGUCGUGAUGGACAAGGAGAAAGGCGCCUACGCCAUCGUGGAACUGCGGGAGGCGGCGGCCCAGGCGCGGGCAUUGGCAUGGCCCCGGCACAGCCUGGGCGGCCGCCGGCUCCGCGUGCAACCCCGCCGCUAUGAGCCCUUUGCCGCCGCCUGCUCAGGACCUGGUGCCCGCCGCGAGCAUCUCAGCCCAGCACCACUGGCACGAGCCCUCUGCCAGGCUGCGGAUGUGGAUGAGCAGAUGCGGCGGCUGGUGGAGCUGUUGGAGCUGAGCGAGGGCGAGCGCCGCCUGCGGCACCUCCUGGUUGCCCUCUUCCAGGAGGUUUUCUCCGAGUUCUUCCCUGGCUGUGCUGUUCUGCCCUUUGGCUCCUCUGUCAACGGCUUCGACAUCCAUGGCUGCGACCUGGAUCUCUUCCUGGACCUGGAGCGUGCCAAGAGCGCCCCGGCGGGUGGUGCCGCCUCCUCAGACUCAGAUGACUCUCUGCUGGGCGACGCAGAGCUGGCGGCAGCACCGGCGGUGCUGGAGCUGGUGGCAGCGGUGCUGCGGCGCUGCGUCCCGGGGGUGCGGCGUGUGCGGGCCGUGCCUGCUGCCCGCCGCCCCGUCGUCAAGUUCUGCCACAAGGAGUCGGGGCUGCUGGGUGACGUUUCCAUCGACAACAGGCUGGCGCUCCGCAACACAGCCUUCCUGCGGCUCUGCGCUGAGGCGGACGGGCGUGUGCGGCCGCUGGUCUACACGCUGCGCUACUGGGCCAAGCAGCAGGGCCUGGCAGGUGGGACACGGGGCUGGGAGGCAGCACAGGACGAGCAGAUGGGAUGUGGGGCCGGGGUGCAGCGCCAGGACGCAGAGCUCGGAGACGGCGUGGGGCCAGGAGGAAGCCCCUCUGGCGGCGGCCCCUUGCUCACCAACUACGCGCUGACGCUGCUGACGCUCUUCUUCCUGCAGACACGCAGCCCCCCGGUGCUGCCCUCGCUGGCCCGGCUCCGGGAGCUGGCAGGUGACGAGGACCGCAGUGUCGUGGAGGGCUGGGACUGCAGCUUCCCCCAGGAUGCCUCGUCGCUGGGCAGCAGCAUCAACGCAGAGAACCCAGGCUCCCUCUUGGCCGAGUUCUUCUGCGUCUUUGGGGACUACGACUUCGCUGGGCGGGUGAUCUCGCUGCACGAGGGCCGGGCGGUGCCACUGCCCAGCGCUCUGCUCUUGGAGGCUGGUGGGCGAUUGAAGCUGGGGCCCUUCAACCUGCAAGAUCCCUUUGAGCUGAGCCACAACGUGGCUGCCAACGUCACCGAGAAGACGGCAGCACGCUUUGGGCGCUGCUGCCGCGAUGCUGCCAAGUACUGCCGCAGCCUGCAGUACCGUCGCAGGUCCAGCAAGGGGAAGACCUGGGGACUCAUGCGGCUCUUCCAGCCUGGCGCGCUGGAGUCAGUGGGGCCGGGAGCUGAUGCUUUCUUCAUCACCAUCCCCUUCAGCGCUGCCACACUCCCACCUGUCCGCCGGCAGCAGCUGUGCCAGGCGCCUGGUUUCCGGCACCACUGGUUCCAGGAGGCUUGUGCGGCUGUUGCCCUCGUGCUCAGACACGUGCUGAAAUGCAGCUGUGUGGAGAUCCCAGAGCCCCAGGCAGCCCCCGGAGAGGCAUCCAGGCUGCAGGGAUUGGCGACCCAGGAACCAGCAGAUGAGGAGCAGCCAGCAGCACUCGGCAACCCUCUGGAGCUGCUGGCAGAUGAACUGUGUCUGUCCAAGGAGCCAGCAGCCCCCAACGACCCUCUAGAGCCGCUGAUAGAAGAAUCGUUUCCAGCCAAGCAGCCAGCAGCUCCCAGCAACCGUUCGGAGCUGCCAGAGAACGAGCCACCUCCAGCUGAGCAGCUGGGAGCCACCAGUGACCCCCUGAAGCUGCCUGAAACUGAGUUGCCAGCAGCUGCAGACGACACUCUGGAGCCGCCAGAGGAUGAACUGCCUCCAACUAAGCAGCUGGGAGCCCCUAGUGCCCCUGCAGAGCUGCCGGCAGAUGAGCCGCCUGCAAAUGAGCCACCUCCGGCUGAGCAGCCAGCAGUGGGGUCCAAGCGUCCCCUGCCGGAGGGCACCACGGGGCCGAUUGGGAAGCGGCGCCGGGGCCCCAAGGGGGACACCGUCAGCUGGAGCUGUGCUGUGUGGCACCGUGUGUGGGCAGGCCGGCGCCGUGUGCGGCGGCAGCUGCGGCAGCCCAGCGGCACUGCGGGCUCUGAGUUGGACGGAGGCAUUCUGGAGCUGGAGGCGAAGGUGUCAGAGGCCAUUGUGGAACAGGCGGGAGCGGGGCAGCCACUGGAGCCGCUGCUGUGCUUUGAGGCCAGCGCUCGGGCAGGCGGCGACGUGCCGGAGCUGUGGGUGCUGCUGCGCUUGGUGCCGGCUCCGGGCAUGGGGCAGUUCUUCCACGACUUCUUCCACUUCCUGCGGAGCUUCCUGCCGGCCAUGGUAGAGCAGCACCUGGGCCAGCUGGACUGGGGGGCGAGCACUGCCCCCGCGGACUGAGGCCCUGGAGCGUUCAGGGGCAUUUUCUGCUGUUUUUCUAUAUUUUGGAGAAUUUGGGGGCAUUUGGAGCGUGUUUGGUAAUAAAAAGCUCUAGUUUGGGGCCUUGGCCCAGA